GGGAGCAAGAUGGCGAUUCCGGGCAGGCAGAAUGUUGUGCUGAGAAGUCACAGAAAAGGGUAUGGGCUUAUUUUGCCAAAGAAAACACAGCAGUUGCACCGUGUUUUGCAAAAACCGUCAGUGUUUGGGAAUGAUUCUGAUGAUGAUGACGAGACCUCCGUGAGUGAAAGCCUUCAGAGGGAAGCUGCUAAGAAGCAAGCGAUGAAACAGACCAAACUGGAAAUCCAAAAGGCCCUUGCAGAAGAUGCUACUGUGUACGAAUAUGACAGUAUUUAUGAUGAAAUGCAGAAAAAAAAAGAAGAAAAUAAUCCCAAAUUGCUUUUGGGAAAAGAUAGGAAGCCCAAGUAUAUUCACAACUUAUUAAAAGCAGUUGAAAUCAGGAAAAAGGAACAAGAAAAAAGAAUGGAAAAGAAAAUUCAAAGAGAACGAGAAAUGGAAAAGGGAGAAUUUGAUGAUAAAGAAGCAUUUGUGACAUCUGCUUAUAAGAAAAAACUACAGGAGAGAGCUGAGGAAGAAGAAAGAGAAAAGCAGGCUGCUGCGCUGGAAGCACGUUUGGAUGUAACCAAGCAGAAAGAUCUCAGUGGAUUUUAUAGGCACCUGUUAAAUCAAACAGUUGGUGAAGAGGAAGUACCUAAAUGCAGCUUUCGUGAAGCCAGGUCUGGGAUAAAGGAAGAGAAAUCAAGAGGUUAUGCUGAUGAAGUAAAUUCAGAGAACAGAAUACUACAUGAGCAAUGCAUUCUCCAAAAUCAUUUGAAGGCAGAGGAAAACCCAGAUGCAGACAGUGACUUUGAUGCUAAAAGCAGUGAGGAUAGUGAAGUUGAAGAAAAUAAUAAAGUGAACUUCAGAAGGGAAAAAGACACAGAGUCUUCUGAGAAUGACUCUAAGUAUCACAGGAAUCAGACCCACUUACGGUCAUCUAGUGAAGAAAGAGGCCACAGUGUCAAACACCACACAAAAAAUUCCAAGUCAAGAGGAUAUGAGAAAAGGGAAGAUAAGUACCAAGAAAGACAAUCCAGGGAACAGGAGAACUAUUACACGGAUCGUGAUUAUCCAAAAGAAAAGGAUUCCCAUAGGUACCGAGAGGCUAGUCAUAGAGAUUCCCACUGGAAGAGGCAUGAACAAGAAGAUAAACCUAAGGGAAGAGAUUAUAGAGAAAGAGAGAGAAAUGACAGAGAAUGGAAAAGGGAGAAAUAUAUCCCAAGAGAACAAGAAAGACAUAGACAACCAAUUGAUCAUGACCGACACAGUGAGAAAGGAAGAGAGAAGGAAGAGAAAAGCAAAGCAAAGGAAGAUCAUAUGAAAGAAAGGAAGGAGCGAUAUGAGAGCAAUGAUAAGUACAGAGGUAGGGAAAAAAAAGAAGCAAGUGUUCAAUCUUCAGAAAGAAAUCGAGACAGAAAGGAAAGUAGCCCAAGUCUUAGAAUAAAGGAUAGGUUGCUUGGCCAGGAAAAAUCCAACAAAAUGAAAAGCAUGGAAAAGGACAAAAAUUGGAACCAAGAGACACCCUCUAGUUCUGAAGCAUCACUAGGAACAAAACACAGACUCACAGAGGAACAGCAAGAGAAAGACAAAGAACAAGAGAGACCACCUGAGGCUGUGAGCAAAUUUGCAAAACGGAGCAAUGAAGAAACUGUAAUGUCAGCUAGAGACAGGUACUUGGCCAGGCAAAUGGCACGGGUUAAUGCAAAGACUUAUAUUGAGAAAGAAGAUGAUUGAGACUGCUCCCGUAGAUCUAUGGAAGCACAGAAAAUUAUUAAUACUCCUGGAGCUUGCUUUGUGAAAGCAAAGAGGAAUUGUGUUAACAGUGGUUUGGAAGGGUAUUUUUUAAUAUCAAAAUU